UCAAAAAUGUUAUAUAUAGAGGAAGAGCAGCCAGCAGCCACCCACAACACUCACACAUUGCAAAAGCAAUCACACUUCCACUUUGCAAGAGAUUCAAUUAUAUUCACUGAAAUGGGGUCGAACUCGACAUGGACGGCCAAGCAAAACAAGCUGUUUGAGAAUGCACUGGUUACAUACGACAAGGACAGCCCAGAUCGGUGGCAGAAUAUAGCCAACGCCGUUGGCGGCGGCAAGACGGCGGAGGAGGUGAAGCGCCACUAUGAGAAACUUGUUGAAGAUGUCAACCACAUCGAGUCUGGACAAAUUCCUUUGCCCAAUUACCCCUCAAAUGCAGAUACGGCCAAAGGAUACAAAAUCACGUUUGAGGAACAAAGGCUGAAAAAUUUGAAGCUUCAGUGAAGAAAAUACGCGAAUCAAAGCAUUAAGGAUUCAAAUCCAUUUCCUUUGAGCACUGGAAAGCUACAAACCAAAGAAAUAAAUCGAGAACAAAUACAAAUUAUAUACCUUAUUACGUCUAUACCUACUUUGUGCUUUACUUUUCAUAUGAUUUUUAUAUUUCCAGGAAGUUCUCCAAUUGACUCCCUUUUUGGUCAUGUAGUCAAGUUGUAACAGAUUAUGUAAGUAAUAACAAAUUUGUAUACAAUGUAGUGUCGAUA